CGGCCAGAGUAAUACGGCCCGCGUGGACGCAGGGGCUGCGUCCAACGCGCAGCGGUCGCCAGCAACUCCCUCCAUCGGACUCGUCGCCGCGGCACGCGUGAGCACCCGCCGGCACCACCAAGUUAGCCAGCCCCAUUGGACCCGGAGGCUGCCCGACGCCGUCACGCCAUGUCCUCCUCAGACGAAGAAGAGGACGACGCCUACUACGACCUCGCCCAGCCGACGGUCACGACGUCACGGUCCGCGGCCUCGACGAUCAUACUGAAUAGACUUGAUGACCUCGAGUUCUCACUCACGGGCUGCGAUUACGAUCACACCGAGCGCGACCGAAGAAGAGCAGUAGCCAAGCUCACGGACGCGGCCGCUCGCAAUCCGUUGCCACCCGUCUGGCGGGCAGCUAAAAGAUUGUUAUCCCCGAAGGAUCUGAGGUAUCUGUUGAAAGGCGUCCUGCCCAAGAGUUUAACACCAAAGGAGCUCGGCAGCAUUGUCUUGGCCCUGGCGCCGGACGGGCGCGUCGACUCGCGGGAUUUUGCCGUUUUUUACUCUGAAUUGGGCGCCAUCGAACAGUGUCGAAGGAACAUCGGCAUCAAGACGAGGGGCAUGUCCAGCUCGCUACUCAAAGAGCCUUCCCGACGGGUCAAGCGCAUGUCCCCGGACAAGAAGUGGUCCCCCGACACUGCAAAGGUGCCGGAGAAAGGAACGCGAGCUUUUUACGAGUGGAAAGCUCGCCAGAAAACGCGGCUGAAAAUGCGUGAAGAAAAGUUCUUCGGCGGGAAAAGACGCUUCUGGGGGGCUGCGGGCCAGCGACCGCCGACGACGAUGACGCCUUCCGGGGAGGCGUCCUUAGAUCGACGUGCGCGAGUCUUACGAAGUGCCUUCCUCAAGUUAUUGGCUGCUGCUCUAGAUUAUGAUCGAGUGGGCGAGGGCGCCAAAGGACUAGAUGUGCUAGGCGCGCCCAUGCCGUGCGACGAGGCGGCUCGGCUAUUGUUCGAUUUAUUUAGGGUCCAUAUCGACGACCACGAAGCAGUGGCUUUGUCACUCGCCUUUCCGUCGUCCGUCGCCGAGGACGCCGUCGACUGCGCGGCGUUACGAGAUUACUUCCUCACGCUCGCGCGGCACGGCCUCGCCCGUGCUACUCAGGAAGAUUCGUCGGAGCCCGAGGUGAUGGCCUUCGACGACGAAUCGGCGUCCUUCCAGCCCCAGUCGCCGGGCCAGGCGCUGGACGAGGAGACGGCGUCUCGCAGUCUCGCUUCGCUGGCGGAGCCGGAGGUCAUGGCUUUUGAUGAUGAUGAGUCAGAGGUCAUGACGACGGAGGGCGGCGCGGAGCUGCUGUCGCUUGCGUAACAACAUAC